GCAAGUGCCAAACGAUCCUCAGGACGUGAUGCUCCCGACAACCACUAAGAUGUUGGAACUUGAAAUAAUAAAACUCAAAGAAACUGUAGGCGCUUAUAAAGAACAGAAUGCGUUUCUGUCUCAGGAAAUAGUCGAAUUAAAUAACUUGAGAACUAACGACUCCAACGACAAGAAACGACUUGAAGGUAAGAUACAAGAGCUUGAAGCAGAGUUAGUCAAAGUCCAGUCCAAGUACGUCAUAUUACUGAAGGAAGCUCAGACUCCUAAACACAGCCAUGAUUCAGAUGUUGUUAGUCAAAUGAUGGCAGAAGCAAUGGAACAGCAAGAGACUGGAAAGGAUAGAAGCAGUUCUGAUACCCAGUAUGAUGCGUACGGUUUCAAGUACGAGAAACUCGAGGCAGACCCUGAUGAGUCUCUGGACUCUUACGCUAAGAGACUGGACCAAGCCCAGCAACCUGACGAAGCCCUAGCUAGUCAUAUCGCUAAGUGGGAUCACUUCAUGGCCCAGUACACUGGAGGCAGGGAGCUAGUGUCUACUGCUGAAUUGAAGUUGUUAAUUAGAGGGGGCGUACCCAUGCAGCAUAGGGGGCGUGUCUGGAAAUUCUGUGUCAGACGAACGAUUCAAAAUCGAUAUAUACCAGGAUUCUAUCAUCAAAUAUUAGCAGAUAAUGCCAGCAAGACGUCAGUUGCUUUGAGUCAGAUUGAGUUAGACUUGUUAAGAACACUUCCAUCAAAUAAAUAUUACAAUCACGCAUCAGCACCUGGUAUAGCAAAGUUAAGGCGGGUGCUAGUUGCAUACAGCUGGUAUGAUUCGUCAGUCGGUUACUGUCAAGGGCUUAAUAGACUGGCCGCCAUUGCACUUUUAUUCCUCGAAGAAGAGGACGCCUUCUGGACUCUGGUUGCUGUGGUACUUCAUUUAUUACCUCCGGACUAUUACGACCUCUUCAUCGAUAACUUCCCAAUCGAUACCACUCUCAGGAUUUGGGAUACUUUUUUAUACGAGGGCAGUAAAGUUUUAUUCCGCUAUGCCAUGGCUGUCUUCAAAGAGAACGAGGAAGAAUUACUGAAACAGGAGAACUCGAUACAAAUAUUCAACAAGAUGAGAACAAUGGCUCAGCGAUCGUCAAACAUUAACAAAUUAACUCAAAUUGCAUUUCAUGACCCAAUGAUGAGAAACUUUUCCAAAAAGAAGAUAACACAGAGAAGGGACUACCAUCGAUCCUUAGUACAGGCUGAGCAGAACUCCAUUGAAGUCGAGAGAGUGAAACGGAAACAUGAUUCUCCAAGAUACAAUGAUGUCGAUAGCGAUGAUGAUGAUACAUGAAAGAUAUUUCAAUAAAUAUUAUUUUAUAGACUUUUAGCAAUGUAAGUUCACACUUACCCACGGAGUGUGUUUUAUCAUUAUUUAUUAUUAUUAUUAUUGUUUUUUAAAACUGUUUUUUCUUUUCUUUCACUAUAAUAAUUCUGCUGAUUUUUAUAGUAAUAUUGGAAAAAAUGUUUUUUAUUACACUAUAA